UUCAUGCAAACCAAAAUCAACAUAUAGAAGAAAAUAAUUAAUUCACUAUUUUACCCUUCAAUCUCCGUCGACGAUGGAGUCUCGCCGGGAAAAGAGCUCCUCCGGCGAGAUCUUCUCAUUCCCCAGCACUCCGGUUCAGGAUCAAGAUUCCGAUUUCGAAUUCGGAUCGAUUACUCCUGAUUCUCCUUCCACUUUCAACAAUUCUCCCGCUGAUCAUUUGUUCGUUAAUGGCCGUCUCUUGCCUCACUCUUUCCCGCCGCAGCCGAUCGGUGUUUACACCGUUGAUGUUUCUCGUCAGACGAGCAGGACGAGCAGCGUCGGGAGUAAGGACUCGUUCAUGUCGUCGCGGAGUAAUAGCACUAAUAGUAGGAGCAGUAGUAGUUGUGGUAGCAGUACUAGCGCGAGGACGAGUUCGAGCGAUAAUAAUAAUAAUAAUGUCGACAUCAGAUCCUCGAGAUUCUCUUCGUAUCAGAAGAAAUCGCAGAAAUCUUCAGUUUCCGCUCAAGUGUACGGAUCGUCUCAGAGAUGGCAGUUCAUCGCAUCGGUAUCGGUGCCGGUGACGCUGAGCCGCGAGAAUUCGAGAAGGAAGAAAUCCGUGGAGAAAAUUGGGGGAAAAUCGGAUUUGAGGAGGAAGAAGAGGCGAACGGAGAAAACGUCGACGGCGAGGAAGAAGAAAAAGAAGAAGAAGAAGAAGAAUAUGUGGUUCGGAAGGAAGGUUUUCCGGUGGAUUAUACUGGUUUGUAAGGAAUGUCAUGCGAUCGAACCGUCGAGGAAGGAUGAGGUUGUGAGGAAGGAUGAGAUUGUGAGGAAGACGAAAUCGACGACGACGAAGCCGAAGAGUUAGUUGAAUUAAAUUAUUGAUUUAUAAUUGAUUCUGGAUUUUGCCUCUAUUGCUGCUCGCUGAUGAUCUGGUUUUUCAUAUAAUCUCUUCAUUUAUGGAUUUUUGUUUUCUUCAAUUGUUGGCGUUUUUGUUGAUAUGAUCUGAUCUCUGAUGAUCCUUCUCUAUCUCUCUCUCUAUAUAUAUACAAUGUUGAGCAGUGGAGAAAAGUUUGUUAAUAAUUUGUAAUGAUAUUUAUGAAGUUCUAUGAUG